UUUCCUCAGGAAAACAUAUCACCUUCCACCACAAUAGAGGCCGUCAGGAAACCGCAGGCAGCCACAUUGCUCUCCUGAGCCACCGAGCGCUUUCAGACACACUCUGGCACUCAUCAGUCACACACACACACACAUGCACAGACCCACAACGGGACCCAACGCAGAUCCAGCACAGUCCAGGAUGACACUGGACUGAAACACUGAAAGACCCUCUCAUCAGUAUAUUGAAAUCUAAAGUGCAACCAUGCCGAUCCUAAAGAAGCUCCCAGGCAGGUCCAAGAGCUGCCAGGAGUUCCCCAGAGUCAACGGAGAACUGAUCCUGCCCAGGCUGGACUUGGACUUGAAGGACUUAAAUGAUCUCAAUGACCUGAAGGAGCUGAAUGACCUGAAGGAGCUGAACAAGAACCUGAAUCCGUUUGAGGAUGUGGAUCUGGACGAGGACGAGAGGAACGGUGGCGACAUGGGCCUGAUCAUGGGAAACCUCCAGCUCAGGUCAAACCGUGACGGUGAGGAGGAAGAGAACGAGGUGAACGCAGAGAGGCACGGGGCCGGGAACCCUAAAGGGAAGCCCCUGAAGGGAACCCUGGAGCGGAUCUGUGGAGUGUCCCCCCUCAAGACCCUCGGGAAACUGGGGAAGGGGCUGCGCAUAUCAGGACGCAACGUAUGGGGGAACAACUCUCCAAACUACAGUCCUGGGGAUUCCAACACACUCCCACCAGAGAGGGAGAAACGGAAAGGUCUCCGGAGAAGCUCAGAGGGAAUUAUGACCCUUCUGAGAUUUACAGGUCGACGCAAAGAGGAGCGCAGAGAAAGCCUGCCCUGUGGGGAUCUGAGCACCAACAGCGAGGCGGAGGCUUCCAGGCGACCCUCCUUCCUCAGGAUAGUCAGUCUGGGCAAGCUGAAGAGGGAAUCCAUGUCAGACAAGGCCUCUCAAGAGGGUUCAGAGGAAACUGUGGAGGAGGAGCCAGUGCUCAAACCCAGAGAGCCGCUUUCAGUCCUAGAGAUCUUACAGUUGGUCAACCACCGGGACCUCCUCCUCGCUGACACGCACAUCCAAGAGCUGGAACGAGAGUGUGAGUUGCUGUCUCUGCUGCCCACCACCACCACCAGUCCCACCCUCACUCCCACCAUUUGCCCCAGCACCCCACCAGGCAUGCUCUCCAUAUCCCUUCCAACCCUGGAUGAAUCCCUCAGCUCCAACGCCACCCUAGACUCAAGCCGGCGGAAAGCUAAGGACGUGGAGCUCCUGUAUGAAGCCCUGCAGAAGGAGAUGUGGGACGUGGUGCGGGAGUCCCUCCGCCAGCCCAGCGCCGGUCCCAACCUUGGACUGGUGGUGCUGGUGAUCCAACAGGAGGAACAUGCUGACGCUGCCUGGGCCUUGAGGGAGGAGACCAAACCGGAGCGAGAGAGCAUGCUGGUACAGCCCAGUCAUCGACCCCGAAGGCUGAAGAUGAAGUGGAGGCAGGCUGUGGCGGAGGCUGCAGACUGGAGUCUCCCGCAUCAGGUGGACACCCAGGCGGGUCAGCUGGCCUCGUACCUAGAGCGCCUCCGGAGCCGCAUGGUGGAUGACCUGGACGCAGCGAGGAGGAACGCUGUGUCCAUCUACCCAGAGGAGUUUUCUGCCUUUCAGGUUUAUGUGGAAAGUUAUCAUCGGGCUGUGGCCAAACGCCUCCGGACCAUCACCAGUGGCCCGCUGCAGAUCACAGACGUCUACUCACUACUGGACUGGUUCUACAACAUCUACAACAGGGAUGUACUAGGAACCAUUGGCACCAGCACACCCAUCAACUACUCCCCACUGGAUCCAAUUCUGCCUCAAAAUACAGUGGACAGACUCGAACAAGACUGCCUCAGUAUCGUCAGGGAAAAGGUGACCACAGAACUGAUUCAGGUUCUGGAUGAAGAGGAGAGGAGAUGGGCUCAGACUCUGCACAUAGAGGAGUAUCAGUCUCACCUGGCGCGCUCUAUCAUCCAGAGACUAAAGGUGGACCUGGACAGAUCUACAUCUGUGAACCAGUUUCUUGGGGCGCGAGUGGCUCGUUGUAGUCUGAUUGGAUUGGCUGACUUUCUGUAUAGUUUUCAGAGAAAGGUGGAGAUGUUUCAUGAGACUCAGGCAGAAUUUGGUGAUCGAGGUGACGGAUAUGUUUCCAGGACCAUAGCUCUGGUCAACUCCUGCCCUCCUCUCAGAUCCUUUGUGGAGCGCUGCAGGCAGUGUGAUCCACAGGGCAGCGAGGAGACAGCACAGAGAGCAAAUUCCUCCCUGGACCGGAUCAUCAACCAGUCGGUCAGGGUUCUCACCGAUAGACUGUUUGAACACAUCAGGCCAUUCUUUGACAAGUUGAUGAAGAGAAAGUGGCUCAACAACACCGAGGCCUUUGAAGCCAUUGAGGGCAGCAUUAAACAACACUUCAAAAAGUUCAGAAGGAUGGACUCUCCACCGUAUCAGACCCUGGUGGGCGAGGUGCACCGGCGGGUCAUGGUGGAGUAUGUCCGAGCCCUCAUGCGGGGUCGGGUCAUCUGCACAUCCUCCAAGAUGAGGAAGAGGAUGGGUUUCCGACUGCAAGAUGAGGCUAAACAGCUAAAAGGACUCUUUAAGGAUCUGGAAUCGAGCUCGUCCUGGUUGGACAGCAUCCUCUGUCACCUGGCUGACAUCAUCCUACUGGAGGACACGCCCUCCAUCCAGAUGGAGGUUGCCAUCCUGGUGAAAGAGUUUCCAGAUAUACGGAAGAAGCACGUCUCCACCCUGUUAAAUGUACGAGGGAUGAUGAGGCAGGCGGAGCGUCAGGAGAUCCUCACCAUUGUCAAAGACUUUGAAUGCACCAGUGUUCUUCUAUGUCGAGACCACGCCCUCUUUUCGGAUAUCCCCAUCACCUCCGAGGUGCACUGCAUCAGCCUGGGCCUCCUCCGUCUGGCCAUGACCGUCACCAACUGGUUCUCAGAGCAUCGGCCGAGACGAAACCAGAGGGCGAGCGGAAGAAACACGGCAUCUCAACGCAGUGAGGGCCACAAUAUGGAAGACAUGAGCAAAAUCCACAGAGAAGAUUAACAGUUGGAGUGAAUGUGAGGAGAGCAGUCACAGAAGACCUGUGAGGAUACUAAUGAGAUGUACAUGCACCUUGACUAAGAACUGACUGUACCAAAUAUUGUUACCAGCCAUUUAAAGAAACUUGACCUUAGGUACUGCUCGUACUGUACAAGCUCACUGACAUUUUCCAUCUGAAGAUGUGCAUUUUUAAUGUGAAACAGGCUGCAUAUAUCAAUAGUUCAUCAUGAUUCGUAGUUGUACACAUCUACAUAACUAAACAAGUGGUAUUAAAUAUCUUCAAAAUGUAACUUCUAUUAUUUUUAUCUUUUAAUUUCUCCACAUUAUUGCAGAAGCAACUGCUAGCAGAUGUAAUGCGAUAUGAACUACAGAACAAUAAGGAUGUUUAACAUGUAUUUACGCAACAGCCAUUUAACACCAGUGCUGUGGAUAAUGCACUGGCUUCCUCUACUCUUUGGAUGUAUACUGUUCUCUGGAAUAUAAUGCAUAUGUAUGUGAGUAUAUAUUGUAUGGAAAUGGAAGCGCUAAACUCUCACUGUGAAUGAAAUGGAUCUGUUGCUGGAUGUUUAAUAAAACCCAUUGACUGGGUUGACUGAA